AUGAGCGCUCUCCAAACCAACACGUCGAGAAGCGACGAGAAGCUCUCCCAUGGCGGCAGCGAGGAUAUUCAUGUCGACAACCAGCGCAGUACCAUGAAUGACCUCCCUCCUGAUCCAGAUGCGCACCUGAGCGCCGAGGAGAAGGCCGCGGUGGAUCGCAAGUUGCUUUGGAAGCUGGAUCUCACGCUGAUUCCUUGGUUAUGCAUCCUCUACCUCCUCGCCUUCCUCGAUCGAACAAACAUCGGCAAUGCCAAGAUCGAUGGACUGCAAACGAGUCUAGGUCCGCCAGGCCAUCCUAUGACCACUGGAAGAUACAAUGCCACUCUGUCCAUCUUCUUCGUCUCCUACUCUGUCUUUGAGCCAUUGACCAACAUCCUCCUCAAGCGCCUCCGACCAUCGGUCUUCAUCCCAAUCAUUAUGGUCAUCUGGGGACUCUGCAUGACGUUCAUGGGUUUUGUCGAGAACUGGUCUGGACUCAUGGCUGCGCGCUGGUUCCUUGGUCUCGCAGAAGCCGGCCUCUUCCCUGGUAUCAACUACUACCUCUCCUGCUGGUAUAAACGAUCCGAAUUCGGUAUCCGCGCCGCCAUCUUCUUCUCCGCCGCUGCCGUCUCGGGUUCCUUCGGAGGUCUGCUCGCGGCCGCCAUCGUCAAGAUGAAUGGUCUGGGCGACCUUCCCGGCUGGGCGUGGAUCUUCAUUCUCGAAGGAAUCGUCACCGUCCUCUUUGGAUUCGCCUCCUUCUGGUGCGUCCACGACUUCCCCGAUGGAGCGACUUUCCUGUCUGAGCAAGAUCGUGCCCGCGUCAUCCGCCGUCUGAAAGUCGACAAGCAAAGCUCAGCCGAGCAUGAAGAGUUUAAGAUGAAGUACGUCUACAUGGCUCUCAAGGACUACAAGAUGUGGCUUGGCAUGGUCAUUUACAUGGGUUGCGACAUGCCACUCUAUGCAUUCUCACUGUUCCUGCCGACUAUCAUCAAGCAGAUGGGCUACAGCAACAACACUGCUCAGCUUCUUAGCGUUCCUCCGUAUGCCGUUGCUGCAUGCCUCACUGUCCUUAUCGGGUUCAUCGCUGAUCGCACACGUCAGCGUGGCCUUUGCAAUAUGGCCGUCGCGUUGAUUGGUAUCGCUGGUUUCGCCAUGCUGCUCGGAUCUGAUCAGCCAAAAAUCAAAUAUGCAGGCACUUUCCUCGGUGCAAUGGGGAUCUACCCUUGCAUCGCCAACACCAUCUCCUGGGUCGCAAACAACACAGAAGGCGUCUACAAGCGCGGCGUCGUCCUCGGCUUCGUCAUCGGGUGGGGAAAUCUGAACGGCAUCGUUUCAUCGAACAUCUACCAGAAGUCCCCAUUCGUCUCGGGGCAUGCAACUGUCAUGGCCUACAUGAUCGUUUGCUUGUUGGGCGGUAGUGCGCUCCUGAGGUUCCUGUUGGCGCGAGAGAACAAGCUCAGAGGUGCGGGCCGCCGAGAUCAUUGGGUCGAGGGCAUGAGCGAGCGAGAAGCUGAGAAACUGGGUGACAUGAGACCUGACUUUAGAUACACUUUGUGA